GAAGAAAAAAAAAAACGUCGGAAGAAAGAACUGUGCCUUAAAAAAAAAACCUGGUCAACUCAACAAGGAAGUGACAUCUUCCUCCCCUCCGGAAGUAGACGUGGCCGGCUCCUCUUGGCGUCAGAUGAUUGGUGGCUUCGGGGAAGCCUCUCGCCCUAGCCGGGCUCCACCACAGGAUGAAGCGGCGAAAGCAGCAGCGGUGGCGGGUGCCGCCGAAGCUGCUGCUGCUGCUGUUAUGGGGCUUCCUGGAGGCGAAGACGGCGGCUGGAGCGGGAGGCAGGUCGCUCCCUCAGUUCAGCGACGACGUCCCUUUCCGAGUCAACUGGCCGGGCAGCGAAUUCACCCUGCCUACUGCUGGGGUUUUGUACAAAGAGGAUCAUUACAUCAUUAUGACAACAUCCGAUAAAGAAAAAUAUAAGUGUAUUCUUCCAGUGUUAGCCAGUGGAGAUGAGGAGGAAGAAAAGGACUACAAAGGACCCAGCCCUGCAGAAUUGUUGGAGCCUCUCUUUAAACAAAGCAGCUGUUCUUAUCGAAUUGAAUCCUACUGGACUUAUGAAGUCUGUCAUGGUAAACACAUUCGUCAGUAUCACGAAGAGAAGGAAACUGGGCAGAAAAUAAAUAUUCAAGAAUACUAUCUUGGGAACGUGCUACGCAAGAGCCCAGUACUAGAUCCAGAGCAAGAGGAGAAAGAAAAUGAAAAAGACAGUGCAAAAGAGAUCCCUAUGAAAAAUAUAGAAGGGCAGAUGACCCCAUAUUAUCCCGUCGGGAUGGGAAAUGGCACACCUUGUAGCCUGAGGCAAAACGUACCCAGAUCAAGUUCAGUAAUGUAUGUCUGCCAUCCUGAAGCAAAACAUGAAAUCCUUUCAGUGGCUGAAGUUACUACAUGUGAAUAUGAAGUGGUCAUUUUGACCCCUCUCCUAUGCAGCCACCCUAAAUACAGGUUCAGAGCUUCCCCUGUGAAUGACAUAUUUUGCCAGUCACUGCCAGGAUCCCCACUUAAGCCCCGUAACUUGGAGAAGCUGGAGCAGCUAGAGCAGGAGCAGCAGCAACAGCAGCAAGAAAUGAUGAAGAUGCCUUUUAGAAGAGCCAAGGAGGAAGAAAUGAAUUCAGCAAAGGAAGAAAAAUUUUCCUCCUUCCACAAGCCAGUUGCUGUUGGAACCCCACAGCUGUUAACAGUUGGAACCACACAUAUUUCCAAACUGACAGAUGAUCAACUCAUAAAAGAGUUCCUUAGUGGGUCAUAUUGCUUCCACGGGGGUGUUGGCUGGUGGAGAUAUGAAUUCUGCUACGGCAAGUACGUGCAUCAGUAUCACAAGGAUAAAGAAAAUGCCAAAACAACUAUAGUAGUGGGCACGUGGAACAAGGAGGAACACCUUGAUUGGGCAGAAAAAAAUGUGGCCAGAGCGUAUCAUCUCAAAGAGGAAGGCCUGCAAACCGUGAAAAUGGUGUCUCACUACUACGGAAAUGGAGAUCUUUGUGACUUAACUGACAAGCCUCGACAGGUGACAGUGAAAUUGAAGUGCAAAGAAUCAGAUUCUCCUCAUGCGGUAACUGUGUACAUGCUGGAGCCUCACUCCUGUCAGUACAUUCUUGGGGUGGAAUCCCCCGUUAUCUGUAAAAUUCUGGAUACAGCAGAUGAAAAUGGACUGCUUUCAGUGCCCAGUUAAUAGUGCAUGGGAUUCAUUAAAAGUUUGGGGCCUUGAAAGCUGACAAGGAGCAUACUGUCGGUGUUCUUCACAUGAACCAAUGGCAAACGGAAUGGCUGGGCCAGAAAGAUCUCACCAGCAGACCCAUCUGAAAAGCAAAGAGCUACUAUCAUGAACCACUUUGUGAAUAUUAUAUGUAUAUAAGAGGCUAUUGAUAAACUUUAAAAAAUUAAAAAACCUUAUCUUGAA